UUAAUAAAAAUAAAUCAUAAUUGCCAACUAAUUUACUUAACUCUAAAAGUAAUUUAUUUAUUUUUUAGAAGGAGCUCUAAAAGUAAUUUUAUUGUAACACAAUUUAAUUUACAGCAAAAUGCGUUAUGCUAUGAGAGAAUAACAGAAAAAAAAAAAAAAAAAAAAAAAAAAAAAAAAAAAAAAAGAAACGGAGCAUGUUGAUUGGUGGCUUGAUUGAUAAUGGCCGGUGAAUGCUAUGCUUGUAUUUAAAGUGAUGAAGAGAGAGAAUGAUCAAAGCAAGAGCGGAGGGUUCUCAUUUUUUAUACACUUUCCCCACUUUUCCCAUUUAUUUAACAAUUUUUUUCUUUUUUGUUUUCAUCUCUUAAUCUUUACCCAAUUUGUUAUUUUCCUAAAAUAAAAAACAAAAUCUGGGUUUUUUUUUUUUUUUUUUUUUUUAAAUUUACUUUAAUAAUUAAAAAGCCAGAUCAAAUUCUAUCAUAGAUUGUAGCAAUCUUUUUGAAAAUUUAUCAUAGAUUCUGCAUUUAAUCUUGAAAUUAGCAGCUGGGUACAAAUUUUUUGGGGGAGAAAUCUUAAAUUUUUGUUAUUGAUUUAGGUCGGAGAGGUUGAGGGAAAAUGAUGUGAUUGAUUAGUAAUGAUAAAAAGGCAAAAAUUGCAAUCAAUGGCUGCUUUAAUAGGCAAAGGAUUAUCUGGGUUGAUUAAAACUGACAGAAAAAUCUCAACUUCAAACCAUUCUCAAAACUCAAGAAUCAAUGUUGCCAACAUUGGGUUUAAUUUGAAGGGUUGUGCUGAUUUUAGAGAAAAAGUUCCUAAAUUGAAGAGUGAAGAUGUUAUUGGGUUAUACAAAACUAGGGCUUUCACUCUUUCUCAGCAACCUUUUUCUGAUAUGGAGUUGCAGUUGCAAGAUGAGAAAAGGGGUAGUGAGGUUUUAGCUGUUAAUAAUGGCGGUGCAGCUUGUCAAAGGGGCAGUUCUACUGUUUUUUCUGAUGCUGGUGGUUCAUUGCCUGAGAAGAUUGUUGUUGCUGUUGAUGUUGAUGAGGUCCUUGGUAACUUUGUCUCGGCCCUAAACAGAUUCAUUGCUGACCGUUAUUCUUCAGUUCAUUCAGUUUCUGAAUAUUACGUGUAUGAGUUCUUUAAGAUUUGGAAUUGCUCCCGUGAUGAAGCUGAUAUCCGUGUUCACGAGUUUUUUAAGACACCUUAUUUUAAGAAUGGGAUCUACCCUCUCCCAGGAGCUCAAAAGACCCUUAACAAGCUAUCAAGUUUUUGCACCUUGUCUGUUGUCACGUCUCGUCAAAAUGUCAUCAAAGAUCACACUAUUGAGUGGCUUGAGAAGCACUAUUCAGGACUCUUUGAUGAGAUUCACUUUGGUAAUCACUUUGCUCUGGAUGGUAAAUCAAAACCCAAGUCAGAGAUCUGCAGGUCUAUGGGAGCAAAGGUGUUGAUUGAUGACAAUCCGAGAUAUGCUUUAGAGUGUGCUGAAGUUGGAAUAAGAGUACUACUUUUUGAUUAUCAGAACACUUAUCCUUGGUGCAAGACUGGAUCAAAUAACCAACAUCCCCUUGUGACUAAAGUUCAUGACUGGGAAGAAGUGGAACAGCAGUUACUAUCUUGGGUCUAUUCGUCGCAUCUAUAGCAUAGCACUAGAGUAUCAAUGAGAUGGUAGGUAGCAAAGAAAUCAAUUGUGGUAGCGAUAUUCUAAAGCACCCGAUUGGAAAUUUAGCAAACAUUGUUAUUUCCUUAGCUAUUGUAUGCCAAGAACAUGGUAGCAGUAUACUUAUACAACCAUAUUUUGCAUGCAAGAAUCAUGCAGUCAUGAUAAGGAUAUGAUAAUUUCCUCUCAUUUACUUUUCCCUUCA